AUGCUCAGAAGGUCCAUUCCCAGGGGUGGUCUGAGUUGGCGGGCGCCCUGGCUCCUUACCUCUUCUCAAAUUUUCUGCCUCUGCCUCACAGUCUUGUUGGGCCAGGUGGGCUUGCUGCAGGGACACCCCCAGUGCCUGGAUUAUGGGCCCCCCUUCAAGCCCCUCCUGCACCUCGAGUUUUGCUCUGACUAUGAGUCCUUCGGCUGCUGUGACCAGCGUAAGGACCACCGCAUCGCUGCCCGGUACUGGGACAUCAUGGAAUACUUUGAUCUGAAGGGCCACGAGCUGUGCGGCGGUUACAUUAAAGACAUCCUUUGCCAGGAGUGCUCGCCCUAUGCAGCCCACCUCUACGAUGCGGAGAACCCGCGGACACCCCUCCGGAAUCUUCCCGGCCUCUGCUCUGACUACUGCUCUGCAUUCCACUCUAAUUGCCACUCUGCCAUCUCCCUGCUGACCAAUGACCGUCGCCUCCAGGACUCUCGCAAAAAGGAUGGCGGGCACUUCUGUCACCUCCUCAACCUACCUGACAAAGACUACUGCUUCCCUAACAUCCUGAGGAGUGACCAUCUCAACCGCAACCUAGGGGCGGUGGCCGAGGACCCUCGGGGCUGCCUGCAGCUCUGCCUGGCCGAGGUGGCCAAUAGGCUGAGGAACCCGGUCUCCAUGGUCCAUGCCGGGGACGGCACCCAUCGCUUCUUCGUGGCUGAGCAGGUGGGGCUGGUGUGGGUCUAUCUGCCUGAUGGGAGUCGCCUGGAACAGCCCUUCCUGGACCUCAAGAGCAUCGUACUGACCACUCCCUGGAUUGGGGAUGAGAGAGGCUUCCUGGGGUUGGCUUUUCAUCCCCAAUUCCGCCGCAACCGCAAGUUCUAUAUUUAUUAUUCAUGCUUGGGCAGGAAGAGGGUCGAAAAGAUCCGGAUUAGUGAGAUGAAGGUUUCUCGCGCUGAUCCCAACAAAGCCGAUCCCAAAUCAGAGAGGGUCAUUUUGGAGAUAGAAGAACCAGCCUCAAAUCAUAAUGGUGGACAACUCCUUUUUGGCCUGGAUGGCUACAUGUACAUAUUCACUGGGGAUGGAGGACAGGCAGGGGAUCCCUUUGGCAAGUUUGGAAAUGCUCAGAACAAAAGCUCCCUGCUGGGAAAAGUGUUAAGGAUUGAUGUGAAUGGGGCAGGCUCAGGUGGCAAGCGGUACCGAAUCCCCCUGGACAAUCCGUUUGUUUCUGAGCCAGGGGCCCAUCCCGCCAUCUAUGCCUAUGGGAUCAGAAACAUGUGGCGCUGUGCCGUUGACCGAGGGGACCCCAUCACGCGCCAGGGCCGAGGCCGGAUGUUCUGUGGGGACGUGGGACAGAACAGGUUUGAAGAAGUUGACAUCAUUGUUAAAGGCGGGAACUACGGCUGGAGAGCAAAGGAAGGGUUUGAAUGUUACGACAAAAAACUUUGUCACAACGCCUCUUUGGAUGACGUUCUGCCAAUCUAUGCUUAUGGCCAUGCAGUGGGGAAAUCAGUCACUGGAGGUUAUGUCUACCGUGGAUGUGAAUCCCCAAAUCUCAAUGGCCUCUACAUCUUCGGGGACUUCAUGAGUGGUCGACUUAUGGCUUUGCAGGAAGAUAAAAAAGCCAAGACAUGGAAGAAACAGGACAUUUGCCUGGGCAGCACUGAGUCCUGUGCCUCCCCAGGGCUGAUCCGCACACACAACAAGUUCAUCAUCUCCUUUGCUGAAGAUGAAGCAGGGGAGCUCUACUUCCUGGCCACCUCUUACCCGAGUGCCUACGCACCGCGUGGAGCCAUUUACAAAUUUGUGGACCCGUCAAGGCGAGCCCCUCCGGGCAAGUGCAAUUACAAGCCCGUGCUGGUGAAAACCAAGAGUAAGCGGGUCCAGUUCCGGCCACUUGCCAAGACGGUUUUGGACUUGCUAAAGGAGCAGUCCAAGGAAGCUGCUAGAAAAACGUCCAAUGCAACUUUAGCUUCCAGUCCAAACAGGGCCUCAUCCCGGAAAGGCUCCUCCAAGAAGCCGGCUUCUCCCACAAGCAGGAGGAAGACACCAGGGCCUGAUGCAAAGAAGAGAGCCAGAGUGUGGUCCCCAAGCCCCCAGGGCAAGAGGAAGAAGGGCCCGAAACCCCCUUCUGGCAGAGCCAGCCAGUCCGCACAGCGGAGGCGAGCGGGCAGAAGCCUCCCUCCGCCUCUUCGGUCACUGUGGCCCGUCAGGGGACGAGCAGCCGGAGAACCACCUCGCCGCGUGGAAGCUGAUGCUGCUGAACGUGAUCUUAGACGUAUGGGAAGCCGGGGGUGGAGGUGGGGACCCGCAGAGAGAGCUUGA